AUGCGAGUAGAAAAGGCGAGUAGCUCCAUUCCCGCUAUCGAAGACAUAACGAAGGUUGCAUGGGGUACACAACUGUCGGAGUGGAUUUCCAAUAUCGUGCCACCCAAGUACGGAUCUGUCAGCUUUGAUAAGUUCGACGGAACAUCCGACCCAAAUGAGCACCUUCUGCAGUUCAAAAUUGUCGUCUUUCCGACGCCUAUCCCAACUGGGAUCGUCAACGAGAUGAUGUGUAAAUUGUUCGCCCAAAGCUUGAAGGGACUGACCCUCAGAUGGUACAGCAAUCAGCAACCUCAGUCGAUUGAUAGCUUUGCCGACCUAUCAGAUGUCUUUAUUACGAAUUAUGCAAUCGACAUCGAAUCUGGAAAGACGACGAAGGAUCUCUGGGGGGUCGUUCAACGAGUCGGAGAGCCGCUGAAGUCAUACAUCGACAGGUUCAACGUGGCCCUGUCAAAAAUAACGGGGCUCGACGAUGGAGCGGCGAGGGAGGCACUGAAGAAAGGGCUGCUCCACAAGUCCAAAUUUAAGGAUAGCAUAUGCUCUGACUAUCCAAAAUCGAUCAGAAGCGCUCUCAACAGGGCUAAAGGCUUCAUUGACCUUGAAGAAGAAGAUCUCCAAAUCGAGUGGGAACUCGCUCGUUCAAGGGAACAGAACAGGGACCCAGCUAACCGUCAGACAAGGCAGGACUGGAGGGAUAGAUCUCGACUGAUGAGAAGAGAGUCGAACCAAGAUGACAGAUCAAGGAAAGAGUAUAAGAGGCCGUUGUCACCCCCUACAUGGGCACUACAUGGUCGAUUGCAAAGCUUUAAGGGCCGAAAUAGUUGA